AAAACAACAGACGACGUAGUGUUACAGUAGCUAGCUGGUUGCUUUAGCUAACUUACACACUAAGGUGUUCAACGGUCAGCUAAACAGUUAACGCUGUCGCUGUUGUGAUAAAUAUGACCAAAUCGCUGUGGAAACGGUGACCCCAUAUGGCAAAUAACGUAGCAUUAAUCGUUGUAGAGAGCCGUCAUUGAGAGGUUUUAGGUGCUUAUGCGGUCGCUGCUGGCCAGCCGUUUUCUCACUGGUGUUCAAAAAAAACGGCAGCAACAUCAUGAAAGACCGAUUGUAUGGAAGAAACGAUUGCCUGCGUGGCCAGACGUGUCUUGAGCUGUAUUAAAACCAGCUGAGCCGUUAUUUAUGUGUGUUAGCACGUCAGUUGCUAGCUUGUUGUCGUAAUGUCACAGGUUUGACAACAUUAACGUCCACACCGUAUGAUUAAUUAACGACAACGGAGUCAGUUAAGUGCCAGUUAGACGUGGCAGCUGUGUUAACCAUCUUCCAUAAGCAGAAGCUCACAAUAUGCGGAGCUGGCAUGUAAGGCCCCACGUUUCAGCUCUUUUGUAACUGUGUGUCGCUUUGGCAGGUGACUGCCUGUUUGCACAGUCUGUAGUUCCAGGAUAAAGACAGCAAAGCUCUGGCUCUUCAGAAGAGUUUGUCUGAGAGGACAGGCGAGAGGACUGGCAUUGACGACGUUGUAGGGGCCAUGUAUCUGGGGUGAGGGGACAUCGCUUUGGGGGACAUACACAACGUUGGGUGAGGGGAGGGGAGGGGCCGGUCGGUGUGGAGAUGAAGCUCAAACAGCGCAUGGUGGUGCUGUGUGCCGUGCUCCUCCUGCUGGGCCUGGCCAAGAUCUUCCUGCUGGAUGGAGGAGAGGGCUCCGCAGCCAGCCGAAGGGACCUCAGAGCGUUUCGCAAGAUGGAGGCAGGCCUUUCUUUGUCUCGGGGAGCUCAACUUUCCCACACCCUCCAGUCUCCCUGGGAGAUAGCUAGCCAGUGGGUAGGCCCGCGAGAGGUGUACCCUGAGGACACCCCAGAGCUGGCUGCUGUGCUCACCUCCCUCAGCACUGCCAGGAUAGAGCGGGCAGAUGUGGGCUAUAAGGGCACACAACUUAAAGCUCUGCUGGUGCUGGAUGGGGGACAGAAAGUGGUCUUCAAACCCAAGAGGUAUAACCGAGACUACAUAGUUGAAGGCGAGCCAUAUGCAGGCUAUGAUAGACACAACGCGGAGGUGGCUGCUUUUCACCUGGACAGGAUCCUGGGGUUCAGGAGAGCACCUCUAGUGGUGGGAAGAAACGUUAACCUGCGAACAGAAAUUAAACCUGUGGCCACAGACCAGCUACUGAGCACCUUUCUCAUGCAAGGUAAUAAUACAUGUUUCUAUGGGAAGUGUUACUACUGUCGGGAGAGUGAGCCAGCGUGUGCAGAGGGAGAGAUAAUGGAGGGGUCAGUAACCCUUUGGCUGCCGGACGUGUGGCCAUUGCAGAAACACAGGCACCCCUGGGGACGCACAUACAGAGAGGGGAAACUGGCCAGAUGGGAGUAUGAUGAGAGUUACUGCGAAGCGGUGAAGAAAAUGCCUCCAUAUGAUGCAGGGCCGAGGCUGCUAGACGUCAUCGACACAGCCAUAUUUGAUUAUCUCAUUGGUAAUGCAGACCGGCAUCACUAUGAGAGUUUCCAGGACGACGGCGGUGCCAGCAUGCUCAUCCUGCUCGACAACGCGAAAAGCUUUGGGAACGCAGCUCUGGAUGAGCGAAGUAUCCUUGCCCCACUUUAUCAGUGCUGCAUGGUUCGUGUGUCCACGUGGAACAGAUUAAACCUGCUGAGAAAUGGAGCUCUCAGUUCAGCCAUGCGACAGGCACUGGAAUUCGACCCCAUCCACCCUGUCCUGGCCGAGCCACACCUUGCGGCACUGGACAGGCGUCUCUCUGGAGUCAUAGCAACUGUCAAGCAGUGUAUGGAGGCACAGGGCCCCGACAACACUCUAAUAGAGGACCGAAUGAACCUCCCACAUCCCUAGAAAUGAGGGACAGGAGAAAACAGAGGAAGAGGAACAGCCAGAACUUAACUUCCCUGAGCCUGGAGAAGAGGAAGUAGAUGAGCCCUGGCGUUCGAGAACGAGACCCAGAGUGAGUAAAUGGAUCAGCGGGGUGGAACAAAGACUGUAUAUUUAUUCUCUGAUAAGACCGGAGCGGUUCUCUAAAAGGAAUCACUGGAUUCAAACUGGUGUCACCUUCAACUACAUUAACUUUCUCAGGACUGUUGUACACUAUAGGACAGACUCUACUGUGAGAACCUCUCCAUCUGAUACUACUGGUUGUGACGGUACUCCUGCCUUGUGCCAAAUUCUCCUUCCCAGUCCAACUUUUCCGUAGGACUCGGCUAAAGAGGAAGGAUGAAAAUCGGAGAAAUGUAGGCAGUCAAAGGAGCCAGAAGGAAGGGCGGUAUGAAUGAGCCACCAAUUUCUCAGUGAAAGACAUUGUGUUUCAGGCUGUUUGGAGUUUACAGUCCAAGAGACUGAAAAGUAAUUCCCUGUUGAAUUCGCAGGACAUUAAAUCCAUUUUAGAAUUGAAAAUGUUUUGGAUUUUGUUUUUUUCCUUGAAGUGAAAUUGAACUUUGAUUGAAAGGAAAAGAGAAUGAACUCAGCCCUGCCCUGAUCAUUGUGUACAUAUUUAACUCAGUAGUGACGCAGAAUUAUGAGACGGAAGAAUAUAAAUUUGUGGAUUAUAAUGAUAAUAAAUAAACUUACGUGUGUGCGUGUGGGGAAGACUGCCGUAAAAGAGAAAGCUACUGACAUGACAGAAGUGAGGAGACACAGAGUUCAUGUGUGUGGAUUCAUCUUCUGCAUUAAACUAUGAUCUAUUUA